UGGAGCCAGGUAUUGAGUGGUUUUCGGUAGCGACGGAAAGCAGCGAAGGAGCCGGUAAGAAAAAUCUACCGGCAGACGCUUUUUUUGUUGGUCGAAAAUUGCAGACGUGAGCGCCCGCGAUGUCCAACGUGGAGAUCUACGACUCGUCCAAUUCCCAGUUAAGCAGCGACGAAUAUAGUCACGGGGAGGAGGAGUACGACGCCCUGAUGGACGAGGCAGUCAGUAAGGAGCGCCCCCAAAAGACCAAAUCAAAGGAAUCCAAAACCGUGAAGCCGGGAAACGGAUCUGCAGAUCCCGCAAUGUCGUCAGACAAGGAAGAUAAACCGAAAACCAAGAUCAAGCCGCCUUCCACGCGAUCGGAAACUCAUCGCCGGAUUCGGCAACUGCGUUCAAAACGGAUCGAGUCGCCCUGUCUUUACUUUAAACGUCGCAGCAUAAAGUGGCUGCGAAUUAAUAAAGCUGGUUACGAUACCUAUCUUGAGGGUCUGGCGGACGUGCUGCCAAAUCGAGAUAAAGCCGCACUCGUGGCCCGCUUUAAAGCCCUUUGGCAAACCAUCUACGCGCCCAGGAGCCCAAGUCGUAGUCUUAGCCGCAGUCGUAGUCGCAGCCCAAGCCGAAGUCGCAGUCGUAGUCGCAGCCCUAGUCGCAGCUAUUCCGUAAGCCGCAGUGCCAGCCAUUCACCGGAACUCAUUUGUCUGGACGAUACGGAGAACGAGGAAUCUCCGGAGAAACCCGAGAUGGAGCGGCCUGAAAAACUUACGCCCUUAAAGGAGAAUAAACCAAGGGCUGUAAUUGCACUGCAACUCGAUUACGAGCUGCCCGAAAAUCUAAAAGCCACAUUGCCGGUGAACACAGAGAACGGAGCUUCUAACCUCGACGAGUUCUUGGUGAAGAACAACGAUCCCCAGCAGGCGUGCUUUGGGUUCGACACACUCUCCGCUUGCAUGGAGCUGGAGCAGGCGCUAAGCGAUCGUACGCUGGUUCAGCAGGAGGAGCCGCAGGUGGCCGAGUCCCUGGUGAUGGAUGCCAGUCUUAAGAGACGCCGCUCGGUCACACCGCCAACAGAAACCAACGAAAAGCGUUCUGAUCCCGAUCCCGAGCCAGUAGAGAAUCUAGAUGAGGACGAUGAUACCAUUGAGUUUAUGCCCGUGCAAGAACAAAAGAAAUUAGCUGCUCAGCCGCCGCCAUUAAAUCUCCAAAUGCCUAGCACUCCAGUUGCUAAUCUGGUGCAGAGCCAGCCUGGUUUUAGGCUCAGCACACCGUAUUCCCUGUCUACUGCGGCUGGCGAGAAGACCGACAAUUUGGCGAGCAUCUCCUACAGUUUGAAUACUCCCACACCGCCCGUCACUCCCAUGGAGAUAUCCUAUCCCAACGAGCAGCUGCCAAAUAACACAAAAGUCGCCAUGCAGAACUUUCCGGCUCAACAGGCGGCUUCACCCCAAGUGGCUGCGGCAUAUGCGUCUCCAUUUCCGGGCGCGUCUCCCGCACAGAGAGCAACUCCCGUUAUGGCGGCUUCACCAAGCACAGUUCCCCUCCAGCGGGCUCCUCCACAGCAGAUGCCGCCACCAAGAUCUGCGUCACCACAGCAGCUAGCUGCACCACAUCAAAUGGCUGUGCCUGCUAGAACUACACAGCAUGUUGCACCACCACAUCAGAUGGCUCCGCCAAGAUCAACUUCUGCACAGAUAUUAGCACCACCACAUCAGAUGCUGCCACCAAGAUCAACGUCCUUGCAGGGAUUAGCUUCACCGCACCAGAUGCCGCCACCCAGGCCAUCAAUUCCACAAGAGCUUGCUGUGGGAAAUCAGCUCGCUUCAUCCAGAUCAUCUACUCUACAGGAACUAAACCUAGCAAAUCAAAUGGCUCCACCCAGAUCCACUCCUACACAGGAACCAGUCCAAGCUAAUCAGAUAGCUCCGCCAAGAUCAAUUUCUCCACAGCAGAUGGCUUUCAAAAGAGAAGCUUCGCCACAGCAGCUGCCACCAGCAAGAAUCACUCCACCACAAUUGCCGCCUCAAGUGCAUCCCCACAUGCCACCAGCUAUGCCAGCCAGCUUUGUGGUGCCCCAGCAGCCGCAACCACGUCGCUCGGAAACGGUGUCCACCCAGACGCAAGUGUCCCAGCCCCAGUCGCAAUCACCGCCGCCGCCCACUUCGUCGACAUCCCGCCAAAAGCCAACCAUUGAUCUCAACAACAGUGACGCCAACUUCCACUAUCGUAUUAAGGGAAUCUACGAGGAUUUCGACCCCAUCUUGACGGAUAAAGUGAAUUCGGUGCAUCCAGAAACGAGUGCGUUCCGCGAGGAGCGCGAGCGCUUGGACGCUGAUCUGAAGACCCUCGACAAUCUGAUUGCCCAGAAGGAGGACGAGUUCAAUCGACUGCUGCACCUGCGGUGCGUGAAAGUGGAGCUGCGUGCCAGGAUGGAGCGCAAGGAGCGCAUGUCGUUCAUUAAGAACCUGCUGCCGGAUCUGCUAAGCAAGAGCUGCAGCAACACCGAGCUGGUUGAGAUGCAAAAGUUGUUGGAGGAGGAACAGGAGGCUCCCAUUGCCUCCAAAUAUGGACUCUCUGCGGUGGAGAAAGUACUGAAUCACGCCGAGCUUAACCAGAACAACAUCCGUUUGCUGCGCGGAGUCAUGGGUUUGAAGGAACAAGCUCCUCCUGUAGAUCUUCGCCACUUCGAGGAGGAGAAACUUAUGUUUAGAAGGAACUCCUUGCCUGCCCGUCAUCUUCCAAUGCGCAAUGCGCGGGACAUGGAUGAUGAGCUUCAGCCAGACUUCGACUCGGAGAUGCCUCCGCUAGCCAAGCGGCCCAAAUUUAACCACCCGCAUGACAGAUACUACCAGGAGAUGACUAACUCCACGCCAAACUUGACCGCCCUUUACUCCCUUCCCUUGAAAAAGUUGUUGGCCUCCGAAAAGCCAACCAGCUACAGCAACGUCUCUCUGGACAAUCACUUCGAGAACGAAUCGCAUCUCAGGCCGCUGUUCAACAGCAGUCCCAUGGUCUCCAGGAGUCAGUUAGCCAGCAAAAAACAUCGCGAAACACAUUCCAGCUACCGCAAUGAAGAAGAUGUGGUCGAGCGUAAGCCCAAGAAAGACAAGACCAAGUCGCGUUCCCAAAAGAGCAAUAAUUCCCAGCGAGAUGGAGGCACCACAAUCAACGGCAAGGAGGACAGACGGUGCCAUCAAUGCAAGCGACGUGAAGCCACCUACUUGUGCUCCAGUUGCCAAACUCAAUGGUACUGCAGUCGUGAAUGCCAGCUGCUUGCCUGGGACACACAUUAUCAAACUUGCGGCAUCUAGGUUGAUCGCCCUUAGGAUAUCAGCAUUACUAUGUCUAAACUAUAACUAUACCUAUAGAUUACCGUAUUGCAUAUGCCCAAAAUCCAUUUACUACUCAACGUGUAAGUUAUUUAUGGAUACAGGACAUCGACGGACAAUUAAAAGUGGAUACAGGACAUCGACGGACAAUUUCAAAUUGCGUUUCAUUCAAUUAAUUUUUUGUACUUGUACUCAAUCACCGCUCAUCCUAUAAAUAAAUCAAAUACUACAAGAUUACUCUUAACAACUAAUUAAAAAAUUGAAAGGAAUUAAAGUUUAUUU